AUGAAUCUCCGCAACCAACUGUUAUUCGUGGCAUUAAAUGCGGUUGUCUUAUUAACUAACGUCAAAUUUACUGAAUUCACAGUAACUCCAUCUAGUUGUUUUAAGCGCUUUUUCAUAAUUUCACCAAGAUUUGAUGAAGACAUAUUUACCUUUCUUGUGUGUUUGCGUGUAUGUGCCAGUAAACUUUUUGUGUUUAGAAUCAGCCGCAAUGUGUGCAAAUCAAGGCAAAAAAUCCUUUAUUUUUCUAAAAACAUCUUAACAAAAAAUUCAUUUGUUUGGAUGAAUAGCAGUUUAAACGAAAUGAAUUGUAAGCACACCAAUAUAUCGGUUUUUAAAAAUCCCGAUUUUAAAUUAUUUAGUGUAAUAACUUUUGUUGGCUUUUGUUACUUUAGUGCUCUCUUAUGUGAAUCUCGUCAUCCCAAAAAUAGGGCAUUGUGUUUAUUUUUGGCAUGUAAUAUUUAUGCGCACAAUUGUCAACCAAUGACUAUGUAG